AGCGGGAGAGGAUGGAGCGGGAACGGGCGGAGGGACAGCGACAGGAACGGGGCCGGGGGCAGCCGGGACCGCUCAGGAAGGCAUCCAAGAGAAAGCGCGUCCUCGCCGACCACCACACCUGAGAGCAGCCCCGCGCCGGGACCGAGGUGACGAUGGAGGCCGAGGAGCUGUGGGGGGCGGGCGGCCCCCCCGGCUGGGAGCUGGACGGGUGGUACCAGGACCUGCAGGAGGUGCUGGCGGCGGAGCCCCCCGGAGCCGCGCCCGCCCGGGGGGCUGAGCAGGAGCCGCCGGGCCCGGGGGGCUGCGGGCUGGACGCGGCUCUGGCCGAGGAGCUGCUGGAGCUGCUGGGCCCGGAGGGUGCGGGAGCCGCGGGACCCCCGGACGCGGCCCCCGGAGGGAUCCCCCCGGCUCGGGCGGGCCCCGCCGAGGAGGAGGAGGAAGAGGAGGCGGCGCGGGGGGCGCGGAGGAAGCGGCGCGGCGGCGCCGGGACCCCGCGGGAGCGGGACGGGGAGCGGCGGGUGCGGGAGCUGACGGCGCACAACGAGCGGCUCCGCGCAGAGAUCCAGCGGCUGAGCGCGGAGGUGCAGCGGACGCGGGCCCAGCUCAUCGACCGCAUCGUCAGCCUGGGACACGGGUAGGGGCUGCCCCGCCUGUUUAGGGGCUCGACCUGCCCGGGUGUGGGACACGGACUGAGCACAUCCUUUAACUGCCCCAGGUGUGCAGGAUGGCACAUGGACUGAGCACACCCUUAACCUGCCCUGGGUGUGGGACACGGACUGAGCACACCCUUAACCUGCCCUGGGUGUGGGACAUGGACUCAGCACACCCUUAACCUGCCCAGGUGUGGGGCUUGAACAUGGACUGAGCGCACCCUUAACCUGCCCAGGUGUGGCACAUGGACUGAGCACAUCCUUAACCUGCCCAGGUGUGGAACAUGGACUGAGCACAUCCUUAACCUGCCCAGGUGUGGGACACGGACUGAGCCUGUCCUUAACCUGCCCCAGGUGUGCAGGAUGGCACAUGGACUGAGCACAUCAUUUACCUGUCCCAGGUGUGGGGUCAGGCCAUGGACCAACCACAUCAUUUACCUGCCCCAGGUGUGGGGGCCGGGACAGGGCCCCCCCUCAUGGACUGCAGCGUCACCCUGCCCCAGGUGUGGGGGCUGCCCCAGGUGAAGGUGCCAGCGCUGUCCCACAGGUGGGGACAAGGACUCUGCUGCCCCCCAGAUUGGGGGCAGCCCUGGACUGAGGGGGGCACAGCCCCACGGACAGCUGGACACUGGGGGCUGGAUGGAAGUGGACACAGAUGGACACUGUGGGGACAGACAGAUGGACGCAGCUUCCACACCCCUUUGUACAGCUCGUGUAGUUUAUUAAACACUUGUAACCACAACCA